AUGAUUCGUGAGUUGUCCAUUCAACCAACUAGUGAAUUAUCAAUUUGUGCACCUUCCGAAGGUUCUGACAUUGGCGAAGUUUCGAUUCAAUUCCAUAAAUUAUACUAUGACAUUGAUAUUGCGGAAAAAAACGUGGAUCGAAAUAAUAGGGAGUUAAUUUGUUUUAUUUUCGUUUCGGGAAAGCGAUUCGCAAAGCAAUCCCCCACAAACAGCGCAUACAAAGCUGAACGAAGAAUGAUAGGAGAAGAUAAAAAUUUUGAGCAUUUUACUGCGCUACAGUCACGAGUCACUUUGGCUCCCACGAAACUUCCCCAGCGCAACAAACAAAAAUCACCGGAAAAAUAA